GAUGGCCGUACUUUAUCACACCCUGGUGCUUUCUGGAGAGUUAGAUGUUGAUGAGUGACCGAUUGUUAAGAGAUCUAUAUGUGCACAUCGACUGGCUUAACCUAUGCAUUGCAUGUAUAGGGGCCAAGAUUCAUACCAGCGCUAGCACUGGCACUACGCCGUCAACUCCACUCUCCAUCAUCCCCCCCGCACGCUGACCACGCUAACAGACAUGACAAGUCGACAAAAACCUCAAGUCCCAAUCCAGUAACCAGGUUCCCAUAAGAAUCUCAUCUCCCAGACAGACAACCAUCAUCAUCAUCAUCUUCUUCUUCUUCUUCCUCACCGUCCAACAUGCCCAUCCCAGACCCAACCAACCACCAAUUCACCUUCCCAGCCCUCCACCCUUCCAGUCCUGCCAACUUCCAGCACGCCAUCAAAAUCUCCAUAUUCUUCAACAAGCGCGAUGACAUCUCCCACGACCAAUUCUACCACCACUGGCAAACCGUCCACGCGGAUCUGACAGUCGCCACUCGGGCUUUCCAGUCUCAUAUUAUUCGAUACACGCAGCACCACCAAACCCCCUCCAUGAGAUCCCUCGUGCAGACCCUCCCCGGCGCAAACGUCCUCGACUACGACGGGUGCGCGGAGAUGUGGGUGCGCAAGUGGGACGACUGGGUGGCGUUUACCGAGAGCGACGAGUUUCGGGGCGUGUUGGCCGACGAUUCGUUGGGGUUUGUCAAGCUGCCGUUGACGUAUAUGGUGGGCUAUGAGAAUUUGGUGGUGGGGGACAAGGUGGGGGGCUGGGGGGAAGGAUGGUGUGGUUAUUGA